AUGCAAGACGUCCCAGCUUGUCUCCUGCCGCCGGAACUCCUCCAGGACAUUUUCGUCGAAUGCAUGAAACUCGCUCAUGCGGAAAAUAUUUCUUGGCGCUAUCACGUCUGCCAUAGGAACUGUCUCUUGGAUUGGGUUUAUGUAACGCACGUCUGUCGCUACUGGCGUGCUGCUGCCCUUGCAAGCUCACAGCUUUGGAGCCACGUCGUCAUGGUAUUUCCGCAGUGGGCGGAGGCGAUGGUCGAACGCUCCAAAAACCACCCCCUUACUGUCUCAUGGACCGAUCUCACUAUGACCAGUACCAGGGCGAAAGAGUAUUCCAACUUAAUUGUACCAAACACCCAGCAGUUCGACGAACUACUCUUCACUGGGACCGCUGAUUUCGUCUGCAUACUUGCAGGGUUCAUGCAAUCCCGUGGAACUUCUCUGCGCUCCCUUUCUUGUAUAGCCCCCAUUCACCAAGUUGCUCGUCCCCUAUACUUUAAAUUUGCUGCUUUUCGGCAGCUGAAGAAGCUCAACCUGAUGCGUGUCGAUAUGUCCUUUUUAGAGAACGUGUCCCAAGUAUGGUCAGGGAUGAGAGCAUUGGAAGAAUUGACACUCUUCGGAAGUUUCGCAUGGUGCGACAAACUGGAAGAGCCAGUUGAACUCCCCAGCCUCAAGUACACCCACCUCCGCGGAGUGUUACGUCACAUCGGACGUUUCCUCGCCUCCAUCCGGACACAGUCCCCUCUACGGUAUCUCGCAGCAGAGAGCGACCGCUCUGUUCGAUACCUUCCAUCUGGCCUUCCGAUCGUAUUCCGCCAGCUGUUCGUGGAUAAUACCCUCUGUGGCGAGAUCGGCAAGGACAAGUACCCUCCCGACUUAUCAGCGUACCACUGUUCCCUCCAAAUCACCCUCGAGACCACCGAUCGCCAUCUUCCAAACCCAGGCGCUCAGGUAGCCCCUUUCCAACUCACAGGAUGGCGACGUCAAUGCACCAAUGCAUCCGAGAUCAUCUCGUGGGCCAAGGAAGGGAGUAUUCCGUUCCUCCCUCAAGCGGACAGAAGCCAUCAGCCGUCAGGCAUAACAGAGUUAGAUGACCUGAAACCCGCAAUCCUCUUCAGCGGCGAAUGCGCCGAGCGGGAUCAGGACGAGAUCCAUAUCGCCGUUCUAUCCGGGCUGGCCCAGGCCUUCUCGCUCAGCAGCGUCGUCGUCCUCAGCCUCUCUGAAGGACCCUUCCUCUACUGGCCUGACGCCAUCGAGGCGAUGCACCAGUUUCUGCGGGGCAUGACCUCCAUGCAGCUGCUCGACGUAGAGGGCGUGCAUCUCGGGCUCAUUACCAACUCGCUGAUGCCGCGUGGUAGCAAUGUUCCUGCACCCCGGCUGACGCAUCUCUGGUUAACGAACAUCGAUUUCUACGCGAGGUCCCCAUUUGAUCUCUACGCAGAUCCCGCUGUCACCCUUUCGACGUGCCUUGCUUCUCGCGGGCGCUCUUUAUCAAAGUUAUGCAUCAGUGGGUGUACGAACAUGGAUAGACAAGAGAAGGCGAAGCUUCAGCGGAUGGAUGUGGAGGUCUACAUUUCUGAGGCUGAUGAGUAGGAAGGUAAGCAGGUGAAUACGAGUAAAGUAUGUACAAGCCAAAUGUUUGAUAAAAUACGAUC